AUGAAUUUGUCGCUCGUUGACCCGUUCAUCCUGGCCCAGGAGUACCCAGAACACUUCACAGAGAAACUCCAAAGCGGCCAUGCAACCUGUCUACGAUUUAACCACACGGGCGACUAUCUUGCAUCUGGACGAGUAGAUGGUACCGUGGUGAUAUUUGACAUUGAAACCAACGGCGUGGCACGCAAGCUUCAGGGUCACACCCGACAGAUCCAGUCUCUCAGUUGGUCUCGAGACGGCAGAUACCUCCUCACAUCAUCUCAAGACUGGAAGUGCAUCUUGUGGGACCUGGAAGAUGGUUCGCGUGUGCGCACGGUCAGAUUUGAGGCACCAGUAUACAUCGCCGAGCUGCAUCCAUUCAACCAUCUCCUGUUCGUGGCAUCCCUCUUCGAAGACCAACCGGUAUUAGUCGACGUCUCCUCCCCCAAACCGAUCAAGCGUAUUCUCCCCUCUGCACCCCUCCGUCCCAAACCCACCAACGGCGUUGAAGUAGACCCUGCUGUCGCGGCCAAACAAGCCGCCCAAGACGCAAAGCACUCGACCUGCGUGACCAUCUUCAGCGCCUUCGGCAACCACAUCAUCGCCGGCACUUCGAAAGGCUGGCUCAAUAUCAUCGAAACCGAAACAUGUACAACCAUCCACUCGAUGCGACUCUGCAACGGCGUGGUCAUCUUGAUGCGCCUCGCUAGUAACGGUCGCGACCUGCUAGUGAACAGCUCUGACCGCGUUAUCCGCACUGUCCUGAUGCCGGACCUCUCCCAGCUUGGCAACGAGCUGGAGGCCGCCGCCAUUAAACUGCACGUCGAGCACAAAUUCCAAGAUGUCGUCAACCGCCUCAGCUGGAACCACGUCACGUUCUCGUCGACCGGGGAGUUCGUCACGGCCAGCACCUUCAUGAACUCCGACAUCUACGUGUGGGAGCGCACUCACGGGUCCCUGGCCAAGAUCCUGGAGGACUCACGAGAAGAACUCGGCGUCGUGGAAUGGCACCCGUCGCGGCCAAUGGUCGUCGCGUGCGGGCUAGAGUCCGGCUGUGUGUACACAUGGUCGAUAAUCAGCCCGCAGAAGUGGUCGGCGCUGGCGCCGGACUUCGGCGAGGUCGAGGAGAACGUUGAGUACGUGGAGCGAGAAGAUGAGUUCGACGUGCACCCGGCCGAGCAGGUACACCAGCGCCGGCUCGACUUGGAGGACGAGGAGCCGGAUGUGGUCACGCACGACAGCAUUCGAGACGACGCCGACACAGCUGGCGCCUUUGGCGUGCCGGUUCUGAUGAACAUUGAAGAUAGCGACAGCGGUGAGGAUAUUAUCGCUGUCGGGCCAGGGACUAUGCGGCGCCGCACGCCGGGUGCCGGGACCAACGGCGAUGCGGAGAAGGAAAAGGGAGCGAGCAAUGGGACGUCGCGUGGCGCGGGACGAGGUCGCAAGAAGUAG